GCUUACUCAUCGCUUUAGUUCUAAUUCUUUCUGUGAUGUGAUUUCAUAUAACCUCUUUCUCUGUCUCUUGAAAAUUUUCGUGCGCAUCGCGCACGCCCCACUUGAUUUAUAUAGCGAGCUUAACUGAUCGUAUCCCUCACGUCGAAUAUAUUACGAUGGACGUCAUCGGACCUGUUGCUCUACAGUUGGACCAAAAUUCUCAGAAAUGGACGACUAAAAAGCAAAAACGUGUUAAUAUCUCUAGAAAUAGUAUCUGUGAAAUUUUGUGUGGGUCACAGUAAUAAGUGUUUAUACUCUUAGUGAAUAAAGUGGACAUGGAGCACUUAACCCCAAAUUUUUCAACUGUGUAAUGUUUAUUUUGAUGAACCAACGAGUCAUUGUGAGUGAUUGAUAGAAUAUAAAUAGUAAGAUUUAUUGAGUAAGGAUGGGAAUAGUGCAGACCCGCUGUUCUGAAGGAGCUGCCGGUGGAAGCGGCGUUGGUAUCGGAAUGCGGGAUAGUCUGGGAAUAAAGACACCCAGUUUUCAACAGCAUCAACAGUGUCAGCGUACGUUAGGGAGCCUUGGUGGAGCGCACACUAGAAGUGGCAGUGUUAGAGCACCACCGAGGCAACCGAUGCCUGAUACUAUAGAGCUGGAGAGACGUUUUACUAAAGUACUUGCUUCAAUGGAUUUACCACCGGAUAAAGCGAAGUUAUUGAAGCAAUAUGAUAAUGAAAAGAAAUGGGACAUCAUUUGUGAUCAGGAACGAGUGCAAGCAAAAGAUCCACCCUCCCAUUACCUUGCAAAAUUGCGGACGUAUUUAGACCCAAAAGCCUCCCGAAGCCAUCGAAAAAGAAAAAUGGUCGGAGAGUCGACGUCCACACAAGUACUGAGGGAUUUGGAAAUUUCUCUACGGACCAAUCAUAUCGAAUGGGUCAGAGAAUUCUUGGACGAAGAAAAUCAGGGUCUGGAUGCGCUGAUUGACUAUCUCAGUUUCCGACUGUUGAUGAUGAGACAUGAACAACGGUUAAUCGACUCCAGGACUGAGUCUGAAGAAAAAAUUCAAACUAGUGAAAUUUUAGAAAAUACAGCAACAAACAAUGGAUGUCUCAGACCUCCUCUCCAUGAACUAAAAGACAGUCCCGGUGUAAAACGACGAUCGAGGCAUGUUGCACGGCUCAACAUGGGCGAGGCGAAGGACGAUAUUCAUGUUUGCAUCUUAUGUAUGCGGGCAAUUAUGAAUAAUAAGUACGGUUUCAAUAUGGUUAUUCAACACCGUGAGGCUAUAAACUGCAUUGCCCUUUCCUUGAUUCACAAGAGUUUGAGAACGAAAGCUCUAGUCCUAGAAUUACUUGCUGCUAUUUGUCUUGUAAAAGGCGGGCACGAAAUAAUUUUAUCGGCUUUUGAUAAUUUCAAAGAGAUAUGUACUGAACGAAAGAGAUUUGAGACGCUUAUGGCAUAUUUUACACAAUAUGACAGUUUUCACAUUGAAUUUAUGGUUGCUUGCAUGCAGUUUGUCAACAUCGUCGUCCAUUCCGUCGAAGAUAUGAAUUUCAGGGUACAUUUACAAUACGAAUUUACCAAACUGGGACUUGAUGAAUAUUUGGAGAAGUUAAGGCAUACAGAGAGUGAAGACUUGCAGGUUCAAAUCUCCGCUUAUUUGGAUAAUGUAUUUGACGUAGCAGCACUCAUGGAGGACAGCGAAACAAAGACAGCUGCAUUGGAAAAAGUUGCUGAGUUAGAAGAUGAACUUGGACACGCACAUGAUAGAAUGACUGAACUGGAGCGUGAGUCUCUUUUAAAGCUCGCAGAGCUCGAAACAGAACUUGGUGCCAUUAAAGUUGAAUAUGCUGAUACAUUGGAUGCUAAGCGUCUGGUCGAAGAAGAACUUACUGCCUUAAAACGUCAGCGUCAGGACUCAGCACGUCGCCAAAGUGUCCUGGAGUCGAAGAUUAUUGAGCUGGAAAACCUGACAGGUACCUUAACCAAAGGUAGCAGCACGAACCUUGCCAAUGGUUCUCCAUUGAUCUCUCCUUCGUCCUCCAUAUCUGAAACCUGCAAUUCCUUCGCGAUCCCCUUACAACCUCAAAAAGUGUCUCUACCAGCUACACCUGUACCUGCACCUCCUCCUCCACCACCGCCUCCCUGUCCGCCACCUCCUCCAAUGAUAUCACUAACUCCUGGAGACAAACUCCCAGCCCCUAUACCAAUUCCACCGCCACCAGCAGGAAUGAUGCAGGCUCCAGAUGGUGCAAUGACCAUUAAACGUAAAGUGCAGACUAAGUACAAACUGCCAACACUCAACUGGAUUGCAUUGAAACCAAAUCAAGUGCGGGGAACUAUUUUCAAUGAAUUGGAUGAUGAUAGAUUGCAUAAUCACAUUGAUUUCGUGGAUUUUGAAGAAAGGUUUAAGAUUGGAAUUGGCGGGAUUGUGGCGAAUGGGAAUAGUGAGAUUGACGGACUCCAGAGUUUUCCAUCAAAAAGAUUCAAAAAACCGGAAAAUGUGAGUUUGUUGGAACAUACAAGGUUGAGGAACAUUGCUAUUUCAAGAAGGAAAAUGGAGAUGCCCGUGGAGAAGGUGAUUGCUGCAGUAAAUGCGCUAGAUUUGAAAGUGUUAUCAUUAGAAAAUGUUGAGUUGCUGCAGAGGAUGGUGCCUACUGACCAAGAAAUCAAAGCCUAUAGAGAAUACAUAAUUGAAAAGAAGAACGUGAAUCUUUUGACGGAAGAGGACAAAUUCUUAAUGCAACUUGGGAAAGUUGAAAGAAUCUCCACCAAACUAGCCAUAAUGAACUACAUCGGUAAUUUCUUUGAUAAUGUUCAUCUUAUAACGCCUCAAAUUCACGCUGUGAUAUCCGCUGCCAGCUCGGUUAAGAGUUCGAAGAAAUUACGGGCUGUUCUGGAAAUCAUUCUGGCGUUUGGCAAUUAUCUCAAUAGUAGUAAGAGAGGACCUGCAUAUGGUUUCAAGCUACAGAGCUUGGAUACUUUACUAGACACCAAAAGUACCGAUAAAAGGAUGUGUUUACUGCAUUAUAUCGUAGCUACUACCAGGCUCAAAUUUCCAGAAUUGAUCAAUUUUGAGUCCGAAUUGAUGUAUAUUGAUAAAGCAGCAACUGUCUCAUUGGAAAAUAUUAUAGCCGAUGUUCACGAAUUGGAGAAAGGCAUGGAUCAAGUAAGAAAAGAAUUUGAAUUACGUGGCAAAGAAAAGCAUAAUACGGUGUUGCGAGAUUUUCUAAACAACUCUGAAGAAAAACUGAAGAGACUCAAAUCAGAUGCUAGAAUAGCUAGCGAUGCAUUCAGAGAGUGUGUGGAAUUCUUUGGGGAGAGCCCUAGACAAGCUGAUGCCAAUACGUUCUUUUCAUUGCUUGUUAGAUUCACAAGAGCUUUUAAGGCGGCGGAUCUGGAGAAUGAGCAAAGGAGGCGAUUAGAAGCAGCUGCUGCAGAAGCCCUGAACACUUCAGAGGAAGUAAUCAUGCGAAAUAAACUUAAUCAAAAGAAACAACAGGAUGCAGUAAUAAACGAACUAAAAAAUAAAACUCGACUUGUGCAAGAGAAAAAACUUCUUCAACAAGAUGAAGUUUACAAUGGGGCCCUAGAAGAUAUUCUUCUUGGUCUUAGGUCCGAGCCCUACCGCCGUGCGGAUGCGGUACGUCGAUCUCAACGUCGCAGAAUCGAUAAUCAUCGAUUAUCGCGUACUGCUGAAGAACUGGAGCUCUGAGUAAAACCUGACCAAUUUGAAGAAAAAAAAAUUAUAUCUUCCUAUGACUAAAGAACUUGCCUUAUUCCCAAAGACCCAUAACAUUUUUUGGAAUUAUAGAAAGACAAGAAAACAUCACUUGUUAAGAUUUUCUAGAUGAUUGAAGUCGGUGCUAUGAGGGAAUGUUUCCAUAUAACGUUCAUAUUUUGCUGUAAUUUUAGUAUUUUUGUAGUCAGAAUGUACUCCAUUACAUUCCAGAUAAUAAAUAUAAACAAAAAAAUCCAUAUCGGGUAUUCUGAGUGAACUGAGCGAGGUUCAAACCCUUACUCCCUUCGAUUGUAUCGCUGAUUUUUUUUCAUAAUGUACGCAUCAUUAGAUGACUAUUUAAUUAAAAAAAAAAAAUUUUAACGAUAUCAGCAACGCACUAUGAUUUUUUUUAUUCUUUCGGCGUUUAAGAGCGUAAAUACCGUAAAUAUAUGUCAUUGAAAUCUUUAACUUAAACCUUUGUUUCAACACACCCGCAUGGAAAGUUCGCACUUUGCUCUCUGAUAAGCGGGGAGAAAGUGAGUACUUCCCGCGCUCGGGUGGACAGGUGCGUUCCAUCCUAGGUCAGAAAGUAUUCACUUUUCUCUCGCUUUUCAGACAACAAAAGACGCAGCUUCCUUUGCAGGUAUCUUGAAAAAUAGUAUGUGCACCUCGGGCGGAAAACCACUGAUUCUGAUUGACAAAUACGUUCUGAAUGCACAAUAUACUAUUUUUGGUAUAACGAAUUCACGCAACUUUUUUGAAAAAAAUAAGCCGGUCAAGUCGGAAGAAGCGGGAAUUUUUAGGCUUUUGUAAUUUCAUGGAACGACGCAUAAAUGAUGUAUAGCUAUUUUCAUUUAUCGGCGAUAAACAAACGAAAAUUUUGAAAACAAAAUCUUUCAAUUGGUCCAUAUUUACUAGAGUUAUGCUCUUAAAGGUGCAACAAUGGAAAAAAACACGGCGGGUUUCUGGUAUUGUCAAAUAAUUUCAACAAGAGUCGAAUAGUGACGUAAUGAUGUGUACAAUAUGGUAAAAAAUUGUCGAUACAAUCGAAGAGGGGUUUGAACCUCGUUGCGUCUACUCAGAACGCCCAAUAUAAAAAUGGUAUAUAACUAUUUUGAUACGUUACCAUAUUAAUGCAUAUCUGAAACUGAAACGAAAAAAAAACAGAAAAAAUGAUACGCAAGAAAGCUGAAAGAUUCCAUCAUAUUUUCAGUAAAAAUUUUUAGUAAAGUAUUGAUUUGAAAAGCAUUUUCACUUCAGUGUUUUUUCAUUCUCGAAAUUUAUGUGGAUAUCAAAGUUCAAAGCAUUUGUAUAUGAAUUGUAUUAUAAAAACAGAUAUUGAAAAUAAUCAAGUGUAAUUAUUAGAAUGUUCAGGAUAUAAAUAAGAUAUAUUUCCAAUGUGAUGUAUAGGUAAUUACAAUUAAGUAAAAAGUUAUUACGAUUUGGAUGGAAUUUUUCCAUUUUUUUCCAACAUACAAACAUGACAUUACUUGGUCUGGAAAGUUGUAAAUAAAAUACAUCUUAUAUAAAAAUUACAUUUUUCUAACAGCUAAUAAAUAUUA